AGACCCCACCAAAAAAAAAGACUCCGUGUGCAUCUGUCUUCCACUUCAAUAAAAGAGUUUUUAUUAUUUAGAGCGCUCUUUGUCCUCAGUGGUCGAAUUCUGGCCCCUCUCUCGCUUUUGAUUGGUCACUUCCCGGGCCUCUCAUCCACCUGAUUGGAUGUUUUCACCAAGUCCCUUAACGGCCCCUGGGAGACGCGAUGAGAAUUCUGGAUUCCGCCACCAGAGGGCACUGGAGGGCUUCCGCAAGUGCCGCGGAGCCGGGUAAAAUGCUUUGGGGAGUUAGGAGAUGCUGAGAGGAAAAUCGUAAGGCAAGCUGAAUGACCCUCGGUCUUCGGGUUGGGGAGAGGCUGGAGGCAUGAGGACCGCGAGAAAGUGAGACUGCCUGGCCUAGUCAUGAGGAAUACUACCUUGAUGUUGCCAGAUUUUUAGAUUUCGUUUGUGAAGCUUAAAAUCUGUGAUUCCAUAAAUAUCUCUGCUUAGGUAUUGGGGGAACGAAUUCGGUGUUUUUUAACAGAUUGCGCAAACCCAGCACGUCACAUCUGCUGGCCUGUGAGGUUCAUCAGUUUGUGAUAGUAUCGGCCUUUGAUAGCAAGAGUUUGUUAAGUGGGAUCUGAUUUACUUAACCUCUGAAAUGCCGUCUGUCAAUGGGUAUAACUAAGAGCACCGACCUCAUGAUGUGAGUUAACAUAAACAUAAAGCUUUAGGACCAUGUCUGACAUGUAAGAGGUGUUGUGAAAGUUCUAGCAUUGCAUCCUAGUGGGACUGUGGUUAGGUACAGUUGUCUUCUGUUUUUACCUAGCUCUUCGCCGCUUGGUACGUGGUCAAAAAUAUUGUUAUGAAUCAGUGCGUCUCCACGUUUUAAAUUAAAACAGAAACACGCCUGAGGUGCAGAAAGGUGACCGAUGCUGUUUUGGAACCGAUCUCAGGAAUAUUAGACUCUAAACCAAGCCUGGGUUUGGAGAUACGGAGAGGAGGAAGUUUCCACCACUGAGGUGUUCACAUUCAAAGGAUCAGGGAUCAGGGAGAGACUUGGCAAAGUACAAUAAAAUAUAGAAGCAGAUGCUGAAGUUUGGAUAGAAGGUGUCAUGUUCAGGUUUGGGCCUGCAGGGUGGAACCUGCCACAGGACCUCCAGGGGAAGGGUGUGUGCUGGGAGAGGGAGGGGACAGUGGAAAUGCAGGCUUGGGGCUUGGGAAUGAGAUCCAAGCUAGGGUCUUGGGGUUAAUGCCAUUCAUUCAACAGCUAUAACACUGGCUGUUAUUUGCCUAUUACUGUACCAGGCCCUGUGCUACAUGCUUUACCUGCAUAGUAUAAUUCAAUCCCUACAGCUACUCUGAAGUAAGCUCAUGUGUCAUCUCCAUGUUACAGAGGAAGGUGGAGGGAAACCAAGGAGCUUGGCCAAAGUCCCAGUACCUGAGAAAGAGGCUAAGGAGGGUUGAAGGACAAUCAUUCACCCUCAGUUUUUCCCUCAAAAGCAUCUUCCUCUCCCCUGUGCUCUUUUCUUAUUGUGCUCCUCACUCCGGCUGUCACUUGAUUGAUUUCCCACUGGUUUUCCUACCCAGCUAAUGAACUCAAUGUGGGCAAGAUUUGUCUUGCUCGUCGAGCUCUCUCCUCCUCCAGGAAGUCUUCACUCACCACCUCAGCCUAGGCCGGGAGCCUCCUCUAGGCCCUCAGAGCCUGCCAUGCUUCCCUCACCCCAGCCCUGACCCCUUGGCCUGUACCUUCCAUGCUGGCCCACUUGGCUGCCACUGUCUGGUCAUUAGUCUGUUUCCCCACUUGCCCAGGGACACAGUGAGGGUAGGAUUUGAGGCUCUCUCAGUCCCUGCUGUGUCCAGCAUCAUCCAGCCCCAGAGCUGGGCACAGAAAGAUGUCAGUGAAUAUUUGCUGCAUAGAUAAAUGAAUGGGUUCCAAGUUUCCAUCAUAGGCCUGUGUUACUGAUGAAGAUACAGAGUGCCAGGUAAUUUAGGUGAUUUGUCCUGAUCAUAUAACUAGUGAGAAAAGAAGCAGGGACUUGAAUCUGGGAAACUUGAGUCCAUAGCCUGCUUUCUUAUCCAAUAUGCCAAAAGCCCAGCGGGCAGAAAGCCAGCUUUCCACGAGGUUGUUUUGUUCCUGCUCUUCCCGCAGACUUGUACUUUCCUUCUAGAAAGGUUUAGGCGCUUUGGGCGUGAGAGAGGAGAGCAGGCAGGAGGGUGAGGAGGGUAAAAGGGAGUGGGAAGAAGGGAUUUGAAGGAGAGAGCGGGGAAGUCUCGAGGGGAUUCCCUAGACCCAUAGGGGGCAGCUGGAACCGGCUGCCGGAGGUGCGGGGGCGGAGAAAGGGUGGGGACCGGCCUCGCGGGGGGCGAUGCGGUAGCUGCAGCAGCGGCCGCAGGAGUUUCCCACAAUGCAGCGCGGCGCGCUGUCCCCGGUGCUGAUGCUCAGCGCUGCCCCGGAGCCUCCGCCGCGCCCGCCUCCCGCCCUUUCCCCGCCGGGCCCCGGCCCCCGCCAUGGGUCGGCUCGGUCCGUUCCUGCCCCAGAGCCGUCGGGGGGCCUGGGCGCGGCACUCGACAGCAGCUUGCGGGCCGCUGUGGCGUUUAAAGCGGAGGGCCAGCGCUGCUACCGAGAGAAGAAGUUCCGGGAAGCCAUCGGCAAGUAUCAUCGGGCACUGCUGCAGCUGAAGGCGGCGCAGGGGGCCCGCCCUGGAGGCUUGCCCGCCUCCACCUCCGGGCCCGCCACCAGCCCGGGGCCGGCCCGCCUCAGCGAGGAGCAGCGGCGCCUGGUGGAGAACACGGAGGUGGAAUGUUAUGACUCUCUCACGGCCUGCCUGCUGCAGUCGGAGCUGGUGAACUAUGAGCGGGUGCGUGAGUACUGUCUCAAGGUGCUGGAGAAGCAGCAGGGCAACUUCAAGGCUACCUACCGCGCCGGCAUUGCCUUCUACCACCUGGGCGACUAUGCACGCGCCUUGCGCUACCUGCAGGAGGCCCGCAGUCGCGAGCCCACAGACACCAAUGUCCUGCGCUACAUCCAGCUGACUCAGCUGAAGAUGAACCGUUGCAGCCUCCAGCGUGAAGACAGUGGGUCUGGGGCCGGGUCUCGGGAUGUCAUUGGCUGAGACCAACCUGGGGGAACUGUCCCUAUCCCCGCUCCCCCCACCUCAUGGUGUAAGUUCCCCUGACUCAUGUUUUCCCUGGUAAAGCAUCUGUCACUGGUGCCUGGAA